AUGAUCUUUGUUACAGUUGCAAUAAUCGCGGAAGUAUACUCCCGAUACAUCCCAGACUUUAAUACAACCUACCGUCCUCAAGUAGAAAAAGGGCAAUAUGUGGAAAUAGAAUUGGGGCUAUGGAUGGACCCUGACUCACCUAGAGCACCUUGUGCUGAUGAGGAAUAUCUUGAGAUCCGUGAUGGGUAUAAUCAGUCUGGAAAUCUUUUGGGUGUAUUUUGUGGAAGAUACGUUCCUCGCAUUAAACUACGUUCCAGUGGAAAGAACAUGUGGUUGAGAUUUUCAUCUCACCAUGGAUACGUGCUAACGUACAAUACCUAUGAGGGAAAAGUACUAAAUGUAACAGGUAAAUAUUUGUUAGGUUUAGAUGUUAUUAUUUUCUCAUUGGUUCAGUUUAUUCAUGUCUUAUUGUGUUUUUCCUUAGUUCCUACUCACCUAGAAAAGGUCGCAAAAACUCAGUUUGUCCUGCUCAAUCAUUCAUCAUCUCUGUGGUGCCCGGCGGAAGGUGGACCAGCUCCUCGCAUUGUUUGGAGAAAGAAUGGCGCUGUUGUGCAAAACAGCACUAGCGUGCGACUUCAAAUCAACGUCACUGAAGAAGAAAGAAAUACAAAUUACAGCUGCGAAGUGGACGACCAUGGCCUGUUGAAGAGGAAAAACAUCAGUCUUAUUGUUGAGAGUAAGUCUCAAGUUACAUCUUUACUUCAAGGGGAUCUCAGUUGUUGCGUAUGCUUUUGGUAAACCUUUCUCUUUGUCUUGUGUAGAUUUUAGGAAUUUUUGGUUUUAGAAUAAAACCUUCUACAAUUUUAUUCAAGGGUAACCUAAAAAGUCACAUUUAAUAAGUAAAACACAAAAUAUCUAAGUUUCUUUUUUUUUUUAAUUAUUAAAAGGUUAGUUUUCAUUCUUUUGCUGUUAGAAAAUUAUUAAUUGACUCGAUUGACCGCUGCCUAAGAAAAAGCGCCACAUGUAAGAGCAAGGAUAUCGAAAAGCGCUGCAUCUAAGAGAGUGACGUUCAUUCAAUCCACUAUACUCUGUUUAGUAGCCACUGUUUUGUCUUUCAACAAACAACGUUGAUUUUCUUGUCUAAGGUACCAGUCUGUCUCAAAUAGAUUACGCUCUCCUUGCUCUAAGCAGAUUAUUUAUUGAAUACAUUCUGGUGCAGUGUUUUUCUUAUAAACAUUGUGAAAGAAGUCUUGAGAAAACGAAGUUGUAGCAGCCGUUGUAUCUAACUUAGCAGCCAUAGAAGGAAUAGAAGGGGACUCGCGUUUGAAAUUGUACUGGAAGUCAGAUAUGCAAUCUGUUACCAUUAUGAAGGGGGGUAAACCAAUUAGGAGGAACUCCAUAGUGCGGCUUUGUCCAAGAAAUUUAUCAUGUCUUGAUCUUUCUCCUCGUUAGAGAGAGAAUCAAACCAGGUCUCAAACAACAUAUUCCUCAUAAUUUUGUUACUGUUUGGUUUUCAUCGAUUUCUGACCAUUAUUAAUUGAUUUAUAUAAAUUAGAAAAAGGAAAAAAAAUUGAAUUGUUGUAUAAAUUUUUUUUUUUCAUCCGUUGAUCACACUGAGAAACUAAUCCAAAUAACAUUGAAAAUGGGGAACUGAUUUUCCCUUUCUCACAUGACGAAGCGUUUUGAAAAUAAUACUGUCUGCAAUCGAUCUGUAUUUGACGAUUUUCGCUGUGAUGCCAUUAAAAACUGUACUGUUCAAACUAUUGAAUACUCGCAAAAUCGUUCAGAAUGGAUAAAGACACAACUAGCAAAAGUGGCAAGGCGGCGUCAGUGCGGGUUUUCCCGUGAGCUCAAAUGUAGCUACCAGAAAGUGAUGCAAACACCUGCUGUCAAUUUUCAUUUAAAAAGUGAUUAGUGGACGAUACCCAUUGCUAGCCUGAAGGUAUUUUCCAUUAUUUCGACCACGCAAGAGGCAAUGCACGCUAGAAAAUUUGUGUAUAGAAAAGUGAGAGCCGUUUUUCGGUCAGCAUAGCCAGGAAACAGAGGAUUAGUAGGUCAGUCUAUUUGGAUCUCUUUGAAAGUGAGAAUUAAAAGUAGGUUCGGUUUGUUUGAAUCUAUGUAGUAAACAUCAACGGCAAAAUUUACAACAGAUCAAUGUUAUCUUUCAACAGAUCAAACGCAAAAUACCAAAGAACAACAGAUCCCAAUAAUUAAGUAUUUUAGAUCAUUUUCAUACCUGGCGAAUAAAAUCCUGCAUUAACGGCUGAAUAUUGAUUACAAAUGAGAUCUGAAAUAUGUCAUCUAUUUCGAUAAGGGAGCAUAUUAAUUUUGGAUGAUUUUGAACAAUUCUUAGCUAAACAGAUGUUACACUUUGUAACAUGCCAUCAUCGAUUUCAUACAAUAGCUUUCAGUUGAUAAUAUCUUUGAAUAGAAGGGAGCUAUUGAAAACAGAUAUGAUUCAAUCAAAUUUUAAUGGAAGCCUGUUUUUGUUUGUCAGAGUGCCCUCAACAGUGCCAAUGCAAAGUCCUUAAAGGUAUCAUGAGGAGCUUAGUAUCGGCCGAUUGUGGAACGAAACAGCUUAAGUCAAUUCCACAGAAAAUUCCCCGAGCAACAGGAAAACUGUAAGUACCUAAUGCACCAUAUAAGUUUAGGUAACGACAUGAUUUCGAGUGCUAUUUGGUGUUAAUAAGCACCAAUAAAUUUUCAAAGACAACAAAAUUGCACGAGUCCGUAGGGCGAGUACAAUGUGUAGUCUUUGACAGAUUUAUAUGUGUGCUUAGUUGCACCAAAUUGCACUCGAAAUCAUGUCGUUACCCGUUAGUCUUGUUUAUGAUUUCCAUAUGAAAAACUGACCACAGAAAGUCAAGAAGGACGAAAUUUUGGCAGCGCACGCGCUAUUUAGAAUUUACAUGAAAAAUGCAAUCGUUUUCAGCCAAUCAGACGCGCGUAAUUUUUUCAUGUAUACAAUUAAGCCUCAAAUUUGGCUUUGGAAGUAGCAGAAUUAUUCCCUAAAGUACGAGAGGUUAUGCUAAAGACAAAAUCAUUGUAAGGUCGUCUGUAGUUUUAUAAGAAAUUUCAUAAGAAAUAAGAAGAAUUACAUUCCAUAACUGUUGAACCAGAUACGUCGGGAGAUUCCCUUUCUAUCUUCAGUCAGAUUGUCGAAAAGAAAGAAGAGCCAACCGAUUUACCUAGCAUAUCUAAAAGUUGUUAGAUUUUUAUACUUCUGUCACUAAUUAGAAUGUAAAAAAACCAAUGAAUGCAUAUUCAAUGCAUUUGAAAAUUUUACAUAGGUUGAUUUUCAGUCAGAUUUAUACAGGAGUUUGAGAUAUUGACUUUGUUUUACUUUUGAUCACGAAUUUCUUUGCCGGUUUUUUUUUUUGGACACUCAUUCGGUAAAGACAGAUGAUGGUUUUAUUCGGCUAGCUGCUGAUUAUCCUUUUAUAAUUUGAGUUGAAACUGACUUUCUUUUUGGCUUCAGCACGCUCUCAAACAACAAACUGAAGCACUUGCCGAAGGACGUUUUCAGCAGAAAUUCUGAUUUGCUAAAAUUGUAAGUCAUGUUGACUUUGUCAACUUCAUUUGUAUUUUGAUGUAUUGAAGAUUAACGGAUAGAAAAUAAUGUUUCAUUCAGUGAAGUUUUUUGGGUGCGUUUCGCAAAUCAAAAUGCAUAAAUUAAAUUCAGCUAAUUUGCGAAAUUCAUGCACUUUGAUUUGCAAAAUUCACUUUAAAAAGUAAGAUAUCCGCUAUUCUAUGCUAAGAUCCACGCAUUGAGCUUGAUCAUGGCAAUAGUAAGUUAGACCUUACAGCCCACAUGCAGCUGUUUAGUAGGUGAAAGGAGAACAAAAACAACAACAACAGCAACUACAACCUGACAAAGAAAACCCGUUGAAUCUAGUAACGAAAUUGGUAUUCCACGAGCGCCAAAGGUAUGAUUUUGUUAGGAGCUGUGAAAAAAAAAACUAAUGCCUAGACUUUCUAAGGGCAUCGUCGUCCAAAAACUAGGUGGCCAAAUGUGAACAUUUCUCCUGGAUAUAAACGAAGUAUUUCCAGAGAUAACCUUUAAGUGAUAUGUAAUUUCUGAGUGAUGAAUAAACUUUGAUAAACUGCAUCCGCUGUAAGAUUCCAAAGGCACUAGAAGGCAACAGUGAAUAAACCACUUAGGAACGGUUGGAUACAAGCUAAGCGCAUUGACAUUAUUGUUGAUUUGCUGUUAAUGAACAGUCUAAGGCAACCGUUUGCAAACAUUGCCCAUGAACAGUUAAAGACCAUCGCUAUAAUACUGCUGAUGAAUGCUUCACGAUGGUUGCCACAAAACCACUGUCGCUUGAAAAACAGCUUCUACCGCCGCUCAGGAAUGCCCUUAGCUUUAGGUAACUGCCUCAUCACCGCUAAAGGAACCUACUUAUACGGCGACGAGACAGCUAAGAAAAAAUGGAGAUAUUCUCUAGUAAAACGUUAAUGAACACUUGAAAUAGACCGCAACAGAAGCGCUCAGAACUGCAGCGAGCGACUGCUGUCAAACUGUUGUAGAACCCUAACGUGACACUUUUUAGUAGGUUGCAAUACUUCCCGUGAGUCUGCACUUGCCGCCGACCAGAAUCCUCUAAGGUCGUCAUGAUUAUAUUGGAUUUUCACUAACUAGAUUAUGACGAAGAAAACGAUUAAGCUUUGAGAAGAAGUAGAGUUUUUGAGAACGGAAUCUUGUUAAAAUAAAUAUCGAUAAAGUUUGCAGAUGGUAUUUAUGGUUAUAUUAUUGUUGAAUGCUAUAGAGAUAGACCAAUUGACUAAAUUUGAUUUAGAAUUGGAUAUGUAUUUGUGUUUCAAUUUUUCUGUUUGCUAGAUUUUGUUUUCUUUAACCCUCUUUGUAACCGUCAUUCAGUAACAAGUUAAUCAUCGUGGCCCUCAGGGGAAUGGGGAAAGGGCGUGGAUGCCUUCAUCGCACCCUCCCCCCCCGGUCCUGUCCAUACACGUCUACACUGACCCUGAAGAUCAAAUGAAACGCUCUUUAUAUUGGACCCAGUUUAAGCCUUCGGAGCUAACCUCUAUAUUCAUAGGAAAGAAGUCACUUAAAGCUGUUACACAAAGUGAGACAGAAUUACUUCUGAGCGCAGCAUUGAAAUUACUAUAAGAAUAUGAACACUUGCUUCUGAUCCUUGCUGUGGAGGAAAAAUUGAUGUUACAUGUAUUUACUAUCCUCUAAGAGAUUCAAAAACAUUGCGGGUGUUUCCGUGUGCAUCAUUAUCAUUGCAUAUUAAUUAUUGUUGCUGGUUCUGGUAAACAGCAAAAGCCUUGGUCAAAUUAAGCUCUGGUAUUUUCGGAAAUUAUCUUAAGUUAUAUAAUUAAUCAUUUCAAGUGUGCACACUCCCUUUAAUCGAGGCCAAGUGAAAGAAAAUCGUUUUUGGUCAGCUUAUUACGAAAACCCUUUUAAUGGCUCGCUGUACAAGAGCAAAAAAAUCAUGACCGUUACGGAGGCUUUUGAACAAUUUUCCUAAUUUUCAUAAACCCAAGGUUUAAUGAAGUCGAAUAGUUUCUUUCCAUGCCGCAGGAGUUCACCAUUUAACUUUCCGGUAUUUUAAAAACAGUCGUAACUUUAACUGUAUGUGUUUCCUACUUGAAAGCGAGUUUGGUGAUCAUACCUUUUUUUCAUGUUAAAUUGCAAUCAGCAUAUAAAGAGAUAGGUUUUGCUGAGAGUUUGAGAACAAAAAAGCAUGUGAGGUAGUCUCAGUGCCCCCUUAGCUUUUCGGUAAUUUAAGGUGGGUCCAAAUUUAUUCCUCUAUUCCUCUCCUUUAAAUAUUGGGUUCACCGCACUCGUUUUUGAGUGAUAGACACGGAAAGCUAAAACUGGGUGACACUGUAUUAGACUGUAGUGUUGCUAUAGUAAUUUUUUGAGCCAAAAAAACUAUUUAAAACCUGUUAAGCAAUAAUUUUCCACAGAUAUUCCUCACAGAUGUGGAAUUGGCCGAAAAUUUCAAACUAAAUUGUUGGAGGAAGUGUACUGAUCUAUUAGUUGAUAAAAGUUAUCUUGAUUAAAUGAUCACUGCUCCAUCGGAAAGGUAAAUGGCAUAAGGAUAAUCCUGAUAAAUCUACAUUUCCGUAGAUCAGCCAUUAUGAAAUCGGAAAAUGUUUUAAAGUUAAAGGAAAAACUCAUAGCAAGUUCAUUUUUGCGUGAGGCUCAAAUUAAAAAGCACCAUACGGACAGUGCAAGUCCUUAAUUUUUUUGUAAUCUAUGUAAUUCUAGUUAACAGUGGAGUAAAUAAAGUAAUCAGGUAAUUUGGUAUUAUUAACCGAUUUGUUAACGUGAAUUGGGCAUCGUAAUUAGUUUCAAAGCCGCGGUUUCAAGCGUUAGCCCUUCGUCAGAGAAAAUCGCCAAUUUACGUUAUCAAAUCAGUUGAUAGUUCCAAAUUAUCCUAUUAUACUCUUCCACGUAGCACCAGAGUUUCUUUAGAAACUUACUCCCUUUAUAAAUAGAUGAUUGAUUUGUUAAUUUGUUCCUAGGGACCUGUCCAAGAACGAGUUGCAGAAGUUGCCAGCAGGGGCCUUUAGUAACAACACAAGGCUAGAAUAUCUGUAAGGAGGACGUUUCUUUAGCUUACGAACAUUCAUUAAUGAUUUUUUGACCAUGCGCCGAUGUAUAGAGACAUGAUAUGGGCUUUCGCAUCAGACUGAGUUGGAAUCUAAACAUCCUGUCAAAAAAUAUAAAAUAACACAAUAUUUCUUAAAUUGGCAACUUGUCUUUUGCAACUUAGUCCACUUAUAUUACAUAUUUAUCUGGAGUCUCCGGUAAGAGACUUAUCUUCAUGCUUGGGGGACAUAAGUGUACCACUGCAACUAGAUAACAAAACGUCGUUUAUCAUGGUUAGAUCUAGUUAUGAAAUUAAUUCAAACAAUACAAUUCGAUGAUGCUCACUUUGAGUCGCCAAUUCCUUCAACAUAACGACAUAACUGGUAAAUAAUCUUCCCUGUUCAACCGCCUUUAACCCAGUGCGUCGAUAAUAAUAUUUCAUAUUCCUAGGGCGGUGUGAUUUUACCAAGGAAUGUUUUUGCUUUAAAACAUGCGUUAUCCAUUAGGAUCAUGGCGUGCCUGUGACAUAACAGUUUGGAUUCCGGUUACAAGCUUUUAUUUUGGUUUUGGAAACUUUUUUAGUUCUAUAUUAGACAGCUUAUUCAUGCGUUGAGCACUGUCAUCGAACUUUCCCCGCAAAAGCUGUCAACUUUACGAAUAUCCUUUAGUUUCAAAGCUUAAAAUUAAACAGAGCUCUGGAGAUGGUCCAAGUGGUAGUCUCGGGGUGGGAUUUAUUUGAAACGUUAACGUCUCUAGGACAACCUCGGCCGAAUUGAAUUGAAGGAACAUGGUUUAUCUAUACUCCUUCUUAUAAAAAAACGUUACAAAGUCAAAUUUCCGCUCUCUCAAUGGCAAGCACGUCAGCGAACCAAUCAUGUUUCCUGGGAAUAGCUUGUAGUAGAUUUUAGUCAUUCGAUUUUUUCUAGAUUAAAAUCUAUUUUUCUUAUCUUGAUUUUACUUAUCAAAUGGAUGACGCAUGAAGGAGAGUUAAAAAAGUUCAUUCUUCGCACCGCCGUCCAAUGGGCAAAAUAAGUUUUUCGAUCCACUCUGCGCUUGAAAAACACACUCCUUCGCGCAGGUGACGCUCGAGCUUAGCUUCAAAAUAACCUCUUAGUUCGGCUUCAUCAACAUUCAAAAUUCAAACGCUUUUUUCAAUGAGCCAAAUGUUUUUCGACCCAUUCCUCGUCUUUUUAUAAUCACGCUCUUUCAAACUGUUUACGCAUGCGCCAAGCGAUAAACUCUUUCUGCGACUUUAUCGACAUUUUUGACCCUUUCAGCAUCUUUACAAUCACACCUUAUUUGUGCAGUUUUCUCUCGAAUUGCCCAUGAAAUUCUUUCUGUGACCUCUUUCAGCCCAAAACGGCUUAGUAAACAAUCAAAAUCACAAACAUUCGCGCUCUGGUUGCGAGAACCAAACAGUUACCUCUUUACAACUUCAUAACCAUUCCAUAUUCAAAAACUUCCGCGCCAUUUUCGAUUGACCCGAAGUAAUGUUUCAAUCCUUUUCGCGUCCUUUUGAAAAUGACACUUAAUGCACUGACGUUUCGCAAGCUAUACGAGAAACCCUCUUUGACAUUAUCAACAUUCAAAGUUAAAAAACAUGGCAAGCCCAAACAUUUUCCGACUCAUUCCUCGCCUUUUUGAGAAUCACACUUUUUGCGCUUUUGCCUCCUGUACAAGAGAUUAUAUUUUUUUUGUUCCCGUACCAGCCGUAAAACUACCUCUGCUGCCUGCGUUGUAGGUCUUUUUUUUCUCUUUUUUUUUCAACUUAAGGUAGACGAAAAAGAAAGUUGUCUUAACAACCUAAAUUGCGAAAACAGCGCGACGCUUUUGCAGCGGUAAUCAAUCACCUCUCUCUUCCCCGACCGCGUCGCUUUGGUCUUUCAAUCUCUGACAAAUUUCAUGAUGGAUGGAUGUCAUUCAAUGGAAAAUUAGUGCUCGUGGCUCAAAUGAAAAUUCAGUUAGUGUUUAGUGUGUUAAUAAAUCUAUGCUGAGAGUUCUGAAAGAAUUUCAGAUUACAUUCAUGUGCUAAUAUCAACGUUACUCUUCAUUGUUUCGACUGAAAGAUUCUCUCUGGUCACUUUUCGUUUCAAUAAACUAUUCGGUCUUAUCACCAGCAAGAUUAAAGGAAUAUAACAACAGGUGAUUUAAAAUGAGUCCUCCAUCUUUCAAUAUGCGAAUUUUAAUCAUCGACAAGCAAUUAAUCUGAUCAAAGUUUUCGCCAUCUUUUAAAAUUUGUGUCACUGCUUAGAAAACCAGAUGGUGUGCCUUGAAAUGUCGGUAAAUUAAUUGAACGAUGUUAUUUUGCAUCAGAAUCUAUCAAGGAUAGAGUAACUUGAUCUAAUUAUCCACUAAUGCGAGGUAAAUGCAAACGUUAUUAUCAUUUUGAAAAAGCAUCGGGUGCGUUUAAGAUGUAGGAAAACACACGUCGCAGACAGCAGAGUUCACGCUUCUUUGAAAUGACUUAUUUAUUCCAGAAACUUGUCCAAUAACCGGUUACAGCAUUUAACGCGAGGAGUGUUCGCUGGCAUCAAGAUUCCCUACGAGGGGCUGUUGACGCUGUAAGUAAGACUCCUAUAUUGCAAAUCAACGUUGAUGAAAAGCAAAACAAAUAAUCGGAAAUCAAUAAAUUGAAAUUGAAUUUGGUUAACUAUGGAGCCAAACAUCCAGUAGCUCGAGCCACCACUUUCAAACCGUCUUGAUCAGUAGAAAACAUUUAGCCCAGGGGUUCCUUAAAGUAACCGUUGAAAUUUGUGUCCAGAGGGGUUGAAAGGAUGCAGCUUUUUUUAAGAUGAUUUCAAAUAUUUCGUUAAGUUUAUCAAUAAGCGAGUUCGAUUCAAUUUAAUAAAUGAAACCGAAUAACUAAUGAAUCUAUUAUGAUCACGAGCGACGUUAAUCCUAAAGAGACAUUUCAAAUCGGUAAACAGCUUCAGCACAUAAAGUUUAUUUUAACAAUCUGUUUAUUACUUCUUCAAAUUAGAUUUUCAUUCCAGCCAAGUAAUCGAAAUAUUAUGUGUCUUAUGGUUUUGAAAUCAUUAUCUCUACUCGGAUUUGCAGAUAGUAUCAACCUCAGAAAAUGCUGAAUAAACCAUGCUAUUCGGCCUUAGAAUAAAGGAAUAUUAGUAAGGCCAAGUUAACUUUUCAAUAAGAUAUAUCCGAUAAUGUUAAAAAUAGUUGCACAUUAUUUAAAUCGUACCGAGAGUUUUUUUAAUUAUAUACUUUGUCAUGCACCAUGCAGAUAUUCCUUUAAAUCUGAUUUAUAAUUCAUAUAAAUUACAACGGACUGACUCAACAUUAUUCUUUAACACGAGGUUGCUUUUGAGAAAGAGCCAUCGUGACUUAUUUUCGGUCGCUUCGAACACUUUUUUUUUGUUUGUUUUUUUUUAAAUACGUGAAUCAACCAGCACGUUGUAUCAAGGGUAUCAAGGUUCUUUCAAACCGAUAGAAAUUUUUUGCAAAAUGACGCGUACUAACGAUUCCAAUCGACAGAACAUGUUGCUAGUGGAGCUUUUUAUCGAAACUUUACAAAAGAAAAACUGUCCGAAUCAGCUGUUGUGAUAUAUUAAUUUUAAAACUAAGCACGAAACCAUCUUUUUACAGUGUCAGCUACUGUUACAUCGAUUGCUCAACUCUAGUUCGUUCAUCAGCAUGUUUGAAGGGUAUCUUUGGAAUAUUUCCCCAUCUUUGAUUUUGGCUUGGUUCUCUUAACAAAAAUAGAGAGCUAAAAUGUUUUCUUCUUUGUGCAUUGUUUACGGUGUCGAAGUUUAUUCUGCUCUGGCCCUUUCCUGUACUGCGAAAUUACGGCUUGAUUGUAAACACAAGAAACUUCUUUAGUUGCGUUGAUUAGUUGGGCUGUAGUACCGUCGCAUUGCAUUAAAUGGUAUGUAAGUUUUUCUACCCAAAACGUUCCUUCCUGAAUUGAAAGGACACUCUAAGGCACUCGGUAGUAAGUGGAAUCUAUAUGUGAGCAACACAGUUUAUUCAGUGCAGAGGAUUUGACAUUGUUUUGAGAAAAAAAAGUCAAUAAUCGUCUUGGCCUUGUACCACUACUCGAUUUGAAGAUGGCAGGAAGCGAUUGUCUCGGAGUAUUGCUCCUCCUUGGUGGAUAGCAUUCAUACAUGAGCGAAGCAACACUCAGCCCUGGAAUAUCUUAUUAACAAAGCUACUCCUUAACAUUGAUGAGACUGGGGUAUUUUAAAGAUGAUAAUGAGAAUAAUAAUAAUAAUAAUAAUAAUAAUAAUAAUAAUAACAAUCAUAGUAAUAAGUCUAGAUGUGCAAAUUCCAUGAAAUUUUCAAAAGCGCAUCACAAGAGUUAAAAUAUUACAAUCAACUAAAGCUAUGAAGUGAAGGGAAUGUGAAUGAAAGGUUACCACAACGACUAAAUCAUAGUUAAAAGAGAAAUUUGAACUAUAAUAAAACGCUCUGAUUAAAAAUGCCCAUUAAAAAAGAUGCGAUUUCGAAAUUAGUUUUUCACUCCCCAUAUUCAGAGGAAGUGCAUUCAAGUAUUUUAUAAAAACAAGUUCAUCCAGGCUAGCUUCAGACUUAAAACAGGUAUGACUAAGAACGGGUCUGUAACUGGAAAUUCCGAGAUCAUAAUUUGGUAAGAAUGAGCUAAAAAGUUCUCAUUUAACGAAUCAUAAAAGUAAUUCGAAGUAUUUUAAACUCCAUUCUUUUUCUUAUCAGUAGCCAAUGUAAUGAAAAACUGAGCGACGUUAUAUGACAAAAUUUUUGUUCUCUGAAGAUCAGUCUAGCCCAAGCAUUCUUUAUCCGCUGAAGUUUAGGUCCUAAUAAUGAGGUAUUUCGGUCUUAUUUUAGUUUAGAAAUGAAAAGCUGAUAUAUUUGUGACGUUCAACAUCCAUGAAUGGAUGUCCCUUGAUGUUCGAGUCAACAACACGAGCACUGUUCGAUUCGGUCUUAUUGUUGUUCAGUUUAGGAUUCGUUCAACAUCGCAGUGUUCGAUACUUUUCAUCGUAAGAAAUGCGUUCAUAUCAAAUGAUCGCAGCUUUCUAAACGCGUUUAAUAAAACAUGGUUAACUUUAAGGGUGGUCGAGUUGUUUUCAGUCUGAAUAGCAGUCUCAGAUUAAACGAAAACAGGAUUUCAGGCAUACAUUAACAGCUGCUUAAGUUAUCUGAGUUCCGCGUAAUUUUCAGAUCCAAUACAUGGCCCAGUCCAUGUGUUGAUUCCGACACAUGUCGCGUUAAUGAUAUCGACUCCAAUAAAUCAAAAAAAAAUGACAGGCCGCUGUGUCAUUGCGAUCAUCAACGCGGAUAUCGAAAUCAUCAGUUAAGAAAAGAGGAUCAUGAGAAAAAAUAAUAGGUUCCAAAAAUCUGAAAACUCCUCAAUAAAACUGGUAAUUCACGAUAUAUUAGGACAAAUCUGAGACGUGAAUUUCGAAGAUUUGAUGGAGACGAGAGAGUCGGAACAUUCAAAUGACGUUCUUGAACGAAUUAGAGUUUGCGAAAAAAGCAGCCUAAUCAUUUUAAAUCUCGUUUUCUUUUUUAAAUUUCAAAUGACCUCGUUUUCCUGUUCAAAUGGCUGAGUGGUAUUACCGAUCUCAAUGUUCAUGAUUUUGUUUCCUUUUUCAUCUCACGGGCGGUGCCUUGCAUAGGUCCUUGUGUCCCGUUCGCACCAGUCCCACUGUGUCCCCGAAUUUUUUUUGUCUGCUUUUCUCUCUCAAUUAAUGUUUUUGCUUUAUCUUGUAUUUUCGAUUUUUAAGGUAUAUUGUAUUGUUAUACCAAUAUUAUAUAAGUCAUGCCCCAUAAAAAUGUUAAAAAAAUAAACAGAAGAAGCGUACCCCCACUUUCACGAUCACUCUUGGGACAAAUAAAUAUAGCUUGAAGCCAGGAGAAGCUAUCGCAUUGCAAAUUACAGGGUCGUUAUCCGAUAACAAGGUUUCAGUUUUUACAAAUAAGUCGACAUUACAUUGAUAGACGCAAACAGCAAAUAAUGCAGAUUUGUUAGCAAUACAGCGAGUAUUCAACGUGCACACAGUCAGAUGAGUAUAGCUGUUGUUGUCUAAUGAAGAUUGGAUACACACUUUAUCUGCGCAAGAUUGGAAUGGUUGUGAUGGUUCCGUCGUCUACGUUUCAAAGUAAAACUAUUUGUUGUUAAAGUCGCGAUAAGUGGACCAGCAACAAGUGUUGCCACAAGUUGCUGAGCGAAGGCGAGUGAGGUUAAAGUGAAGUAUGGUGUGUAAGAUCUCCGACGAGUAAAGUCAGUAUGCCUUCUUGUAGAAGAUGAAAUUCCAAGAUGGUGGGUCGAACUCAACGCUGACUGAUAGAUUGCAUGACGCAUAUCUCUUCUACCCGAGAUCUUUGUGCCUUCAUCAAUGUUUAGGACACGAUAUACACAGGAAAUGAAAUUAUCCGAUAAAAUAGGGAGUAAUUUAAACAACAGCGCAGAGCGAGUAGAAAACGGAGGCAGCUUGAGCCGGUGAUACAACGACGACUACACGCGACUGCGCAAACUGAUCUGUCUCUAUAUGUUGCAUACACACAUGCUCCUUUGCCGUCUCUGAUUUCGCAGCCUUCGGUGAACGUUCACACAUGCUUCUUUGCCACUGGGAUCACUGGACUUUUCUCUGGUUUAGCUGUCUCCAAAGUAAAACAAAAAACAAAAAAAAACGAGAAUACAGAGAAUACAACUGGGGCGUUUCAUUUGAAGAACGAGAAGCCUUUUGCCAAUGGCUGCAAAUCUGCUAAAAACCAGCUGCGAUCAGUAAAGAUGUUGUUUGGCUCUGAGCUGAUUUGCGACACUCUCGUGUGACACUUUCGCGUUAGUCACUAUUGCGUUACAACGUCGGGAUUGACCUUUGGACCGAUCAUGGGUGUUUUUAUUGUCUUCUCAAACUAUUGCUACGUUUUGAUAAAUAAACCAAGUCGAAGGUUUCAUUUUUGCGUAAGCGUUUUUCUUGUAUAAUUUUUCCGUAAAAUCGCCCGUAAUGGAUGGGAGAUGCAUUAAGUUUUUCACGCAACACGAGUACCAAGUACGAUAUAAAAAAAUAAAUAAAAGUUAUCGUUGUAAAAGUCUAUCGGUUCAAAACUCAGCAGAACUCCACAUUGUUUGCUCAUUAGUUUGAUGCAAAGUAAACUCCGCUAUGUAAUUACGCAUUCACUGAUUUGAAUUUAAGAUAAUAAUAGGCACUUUCAAGAAAAGUACCAAUUUUCACUACAUCUCUAAGUAUACGAUUUGUUGCGUUGACUUGUUGAUUAUAGGGACUUGUCCAACAACAAGUUACAAGAUCUUCCUCCAAGAGUAUUUGCUGGCAUUCACGCUUAUGACUACGCUAAAAUAGGGCUGUGAGUAAGAUUGUUCUUCUGUAAAUCAAAAACUACUUAAAAGCAAAAGGAAAAGUGAAAAACCAAUAAAUAUAACAGAAGUUAUGCAAGGAGCCAACAUCCUCUAGGAGUCAUCUCUCUAUACGUGGCCCUUACUGCCUAUAGGAUCCCAUUACGUUUCUUUUUUCACUAACGGUAACGAAAUAGUUUUCCGUCGCACUGUAUAUACUAUCUUUCUUUUCAAAAUCAGAAAAAAAAAACACAUUAUAAUGCGCAUUUAUCUAAGAGUUCAUAACAAUAACUGUUUAGAUGUGUGACCAGAAAGAUUUAACAAAGAAAGAAGUCGUGAAUCUGCUCUGUUCCUUUGUAAAUUAAAGCACGCAGAAAGUGGCUAGAGCACCAAAGAAGUGUGGGGGAAACAAGAGACGUAGUCGAGUGUUUCUGCCUACUUCUUGAGUGAUGCGCAAAUUCUGUAACAUCUUCAAAUGCACAUAACAAUUUAAGAGUUAAAAUAUCACAAGCAACUAAAGCUAUGAAGAGAAGGAAACAUAAAUAAAAAAUUACUACAAAGACUACGCUGCGAUCAAAAGAAAAACUUCCACAACAACAAAACCGUAUGAUAGAAAUGCCCGUCUAAUAAACAACUGCGUUAGUUAUUGUUGCGUUGCAACAUUGUGAUUGACGUUUGAACUAAAUUUCAACUCCACCCAAUUAAACGAAACUCGUCCGUCUCAUGAUUUCGAAAUUGUUACUUUUAAUAAGAUUAGCAGAUGUUAAGGCCUUCAGAAAAUACCAAGUAAAUAAUAUUAUUCAGCCCCAGGAUAAGUUUACUUAAGUAAACAGCUUCAGUGCGGCUAAAGCCAAGUUAAAUUUUGGAGAGUCAAUGAAGGUACAUAAAAAAGUCCUAACUUUUAAAUCAUAUCAAUAUGAAGUCAAACACUAUUAUUCAUUAAGCAGAAAAUUAUUCUCUGUGUAAUAGCUUACACUUUGUUGUUGUAAUUGUUGAUUAUAGGAACUUCUCCAACAACCAAUUAAAGAUUCUAUCUUCAGGAGUUUUUACCGGCCUUAAAUUCUUUCGAUAUGCUUCUCUGAACCUGUAAGUAAGACUGUUAUAUAAUUAACCUUUGAUUUUACAUUUGUUUAAAGGGACCAAAAGUAGGUCAAGGUCUACAACUUACCCAGUUAAGUGUCGGGAUGACAUGGGAGGAAGAAAGGGUGUAUAGAUGCUGGGCUGACUCCUCAUCAACCCAUGAGGUGUUGCUUACAGGAAUGACAGCAAAGUAGCCGGACAUGCGUGGUGAAAACCAUCAAGCCACGUAGAUAUGAGUCUGAAAAAUUAAAAUCUAUCACUUCUCUCUGUCAUGAAAAGAACCCUUUUUUUUAUCGUGUAUCCGGUUAAGACGAGGAGCUCAUAAAAAUUGACUCGUCAUUGGGCGUGAUUUUCCGGGUAAAUGGAAGUUUCGAAAGAAAUGAUGUCAUCUUUUGAGACAAGCGUUUUGUAACCGUGGGCGUGAGUCAUCAAACGGAAUCAAGUGCAUAGUCACGUGUUAUUUGAAUGAAUAAAGUUCAGCCCUUUAUUUAUAAUUGGUCAUCUCCGUGAUGUCUAUCGUUUGAUUUCCAGAUUUAUAACAUUUCAUCAGUCUCUUUUGGUUGAUUUUGAUCCGUCUGUCAUCACACAGGGUCUUCCAAUUUAAAGUAACAAAAGCUUUGACUAUUUCGCUUAGAUCUUGAAAGUUCACAUCAGCUUGGUGUCAUACUCUUGAUUCUACUGUUACCUUUGGCAAAAUUGAAAAUUUUAUCAGAUACUUUUUUACCUUAAUUGAACUUGAUCAUGAGGAAUGCGGCUCAAUAUGUGACCCCAACUUUUGGUCCAAAAUAAUUGCCAUAACAUACACCAGGCACUGUAAUUUGUGAAAAGUACGGCGUCACUGAAGGAAACAAUAUGGCUUCGUGAACACCUUUAGUUGGACAUCAUGACUGGAUGCUCAAGAUAAAUAGCCAUUUAAACAUGCAGUGAGACUGUCGCUCUCGGUGAUCGAAUGGAGACGAAAUUGAUCAUACAAGCCUUAACCGAAGAGUCUUACUUCGAAGGGGUGAGGGGGCGAGGCGGGGCGGGACGGAGGAAUUACCGUAAUUAUUGCGCAGUGAUCGCAAUUUAUUUCAAUCAAAUGAUUUCCUGCAGUAGUUGUUUGCGUUGUCGUUUUUGUCAACAUUUGGGAAGUCGCUUGGGAGGCAACAACUAACACUUGAUGGAAUUUCGCCACCAUGUCAAGCUGCAAGCUGAAAAGUUCAAGUACAUUUUGGAGCGCUCGGAAGUACGUCAGGGGGCUAUCCCCAAAUAACAGAGCUUUUUAAAUACGAGUAUGCGUCGUAAUUUUCUUGACAGUGUACAAGUACUCGAAUCCAAGAUAGCCUAAAUUCUCCUUACUAAUUCUCCUUACUGUCUUCUAUACAAUUCUUCUGAUGUUAGUUUGGAGGAUUUGGUAUCCGAUCAAUUAACAAUCCCCUAAUUAAUAUUUUUCUUUAUUCUCACCUUUUGGCUGCCUCAUAAUGUAUUGAUAUUGUAAGGAGAAAUUCUGUUCUGGUCAAUUACGGGAGUUAAAGAAUUUAAAAGGAGAAGCCUAAGAAACUGAAUGGAAAAUAAUCAAAUUUUGGAUCGUUCCGCCCUGCCAUUUUGUUGCUCCGUUAUUCGUCCGUAUUUCCCCUGGACUGCAGUAAAAUACCGUCUCAUCUUUUUCGCGCUUCACUGUCUUAAUAUGGCAAAAUGGCGUCAUAUUGAACUGAUAAGAGAAAAAUAAAAUUCCGCCCGGCAUCACCAAACAGCUCUAAGCUAACGCUUUACUUUUUGAUGAUUUUAUGGUUCUAGGGACCUUUUCUUACAACCAAUUAGAGGAAAUAUCAGAAGGAGCUUUUACAGGCCUUGAAGAUGUUUUCUUUACACUGUAAGUAGGGCUGUUCCUUUGUAUGUCUAGAAAAGAGCAUAAUAUAUAAAGAGUGAUCAUGAAUAGACUGAAUUUAAUUUUAGAUUACAUUCUCCAUAAAUUAUGUGAAACAGGUACAGGACUUAAACCAAUUUAUUGUUAACUCCAAUCAUAUAUUCCAAAGGAGAACAACAAAGUAAUGUAAUACAAUAGGCUUGCCAUCUUAUCAGGAUACUUCAGCAUUAUCAACUGAGUUGAUGACGUAAAUUGGCCACCGUAAAGAGUUUAAAAGCUGACGUUUCGAGGAUUAGCCUUUCGUCAAUCGCUCUGUCUAAGGGCUAACGCUCGAAACGUCAACGUUUAAACUCUUUACGUUGGCCGAUCUACGUUAUCAACUCACAUGAUUGUACUAAAUUACCCUGUUAUACUCUCCCACCGACGCAGCACCACAGUUUCUUUAGAAACUUAUCCCCUUUAUUCGUUUAUUCGGUUUAUUGCUACUUUUGUAAUUGCUACAAUCUUUCACUGACCUAAUAACGAGGAAACCUAUCAAAGUGGCGAAAAUGAAAGAUUCAGAUCUGUUGAGAAUUUAGAUCGACGAAUAACGAUCACUACUUACCAGAGUGCAAAGAGCAAAAAAAAAACGCUUUUAAAAAAGGAAAAGGAGACAAGAGAGAAGAUGCUUCUAGAAACAACUCAGCGGAGGAAUCUAUUGUAGCUCAAACGUACUUAAAGAAGGGUAUGGAUGAUGCAAAAGAUUGCCUGAAGGUCGCAGUUUAAUUCAGCGUAAUUCUCAGUGAUGUAAUUAGGCAAUAGAGAUUGAAAAGGUUUUCCGCGUUUUAUGUAACAAGUAAAACGCAACAAUCGUUUAAAGUUCGCGAAACAACGACUGAUCCUUGAAUGAAUCCUCAAGGUGAUUCCUUUGUAUUACAUUCUACAUCUUUAUCGCGCAUGAUUUUCACGCGUGAGUAGCGCGAGAAAUUUAACAAAAUGGGGAAUAUUAUUCGACGGAGAACUUGCUAGUGAUGUAAAUCGUGAUUUUCUGAUAAACGAGUACGGUGCCCCACCUUUUUAAUGUCGUUAUUUUGGUAAGAGCCAUGUCUUAACCGACUUGGAAAAAUUUAGCAAAAACCCACGGCCGUCUUAGAAGCAAUAAAUAAACUGAGUCGCCCGUCUUGGUGCUCACACAUGGCCGAAGAAACCGUACAGUUUCAUUUAGCAGUUGAAGGACAGCAUAUUAAAACCGUGUGAGGCUUUUUCAAUAGUUCGAUCGGUUGCUGAGGAAAAUAUGUUCUCAACUCAGCAUAUUGAUUAUUUGCCCAUCUUCGCAUAAUAAGGCGUAAAAAGACAAGUACUUGGAAUGUCAAAGUGACCUCGCGCACUUUGGCGCGUUGAUGGCCGGUUAAGAUUUUGGCCAGGUUUCUAACAAAUCCUUCAAUUAUACAUAUCCUGUGAGCUCGAUCGAAUUAAGAGAACCCACGCAGAAAUAAAGCGUGAGUUUUAAGCUCCUAGAGUUUUUCAUGAUUUUUACAAUUUAUUAACAAGGUUGUCAACGCGGUCAUGCCGCUGACCAAUGAGACACAAGCUUCUGACCCCUAAAGGCUCUAACCAAGAACAGUCCUUUAAAUUACAAUUAUACGGUCAAAUCGAAAUUGUAAUAAUUGCAAUGGGGAACGCGAGUUCCAAGAGAAAUGACUCUAAAUGUAGAACAGCGAAACAGAAACGAAGUACUAGCCAGUGAAAGAGGAGAGAUGUGACAGAAACCAACGGCAAAACUCGCAACUAUAAUCAAUCUACCGGCAAUCCAAAACAAAACGUAUUGGCCAUAAUAAUUGCAAUAGGGAACGCGAGUUCUAAGACAAAUGCCUCUAAAUGUAGAACGGCGCAUUAGAAACGAAGCACUAGCCAGUGAAUGAGGAGAGAAGUGACAGAAACCAACGGCAAAACUCACAACCAUAAUCAAUCUACCGGCAAUCCCAAACAAAGCGUGUUGGCGUCUACGCAUGCACUCGAGUUUCAUAUUCUUAUCCACGACUUCUACUCCCUUUCCGAUGAACUCAUACCUUAUGCGACGGACUCUUUCUUUAAAUUCACAGAUUCUAAUGGCCUAGUCUUCGAGAAACAACACACCUCUUAAACGAAAUUUGCUAAUCAUUUACCAUCUGAUCUGAUAUUAGACUCUUUCGGUCAAAACAAAAAAUGGUAAAAUGAAAAAUGGUAAUCCUCUUCACCAGCAACUUUUCAUAUCGUUCUGAGUGCCAGUGCUCUCUAUUCGUCAGGGGACAGUUGUUGGCCCCCUCUUAUUCCGGUGCAUUUGCAUCCCAGAGAUCUACCAGCAAAAAUCUAAAUAUCUCAUGUUAUGAUGUCUUGCUGACAGGUAUUUGUCCAGUAAUCAGUUAAAGAAUUUACCUCCGGGAGUUUUCAACAGGACUAAAUACCUCAACAGCCUGUAAGCACUAAUUGAUAUAAAUCUUUAUUUUCUACCGCAAAAUUUCAUCCUUGACAGGUUGCAUCGCGAGUCCCACUUGAUUUUUAAUAAAAAAAAACCUCUAGUCAAACAUAACCAAUUUUAUUCAAGGCAUUUCCACGAACAAUCGCCCGGGCGCCUAUUUGAAAUUUCAGCUGAAAGAAGGGGUGCUUUUUGGAAGGAGGGCGCUUUGUCAAGACAUUUUUAUUAUUCAGAAACUACUAAUUUGUACUAAUUCCGCUGUAGUAAAAAGCUUUAUAGUUAUUAAAGUGGCAAAGAAACAGAUUUUCUUCCUAUCUAAUAAAGUGAGGGAUGGGGAGUUGGGGUGGGGAAGGGGGAGAGGAGGGGGCGGAAAGGGGGGAGGGGAGGGGGGGGGGGCAGGAAGGGGACAGGAGACAGGACCUUAUUUAAGGGGGAGGGGCGCUUAAAACGCAACAAAACGAGACUUCUUCCCGGUAACAGUAUUAUUAUCUACCAGCACAAAUCUAACUAUCUCAUGUUAUGAUGUCCUGUUGACAGGUACUUGUCUAAUAAUCAGUUAAAGAAUUUACCUCCGGGAGUUUUCAACAGGACUAAAAACCUCAACAGCCUGUAAGCACUAAUUGAUAUAAAUCUUUAUUUACUGCUGUAACAUUCAUGCGAUUAAGGGGAGGGACUGAAACAGUCUCCUGCAGAAUUCCUUUCAUUACUAGCAAAUGAAAUAUAUACAACCUGAAGAAAACAAAGUUUAUGGCGAGCAAGAAAACAUCUUCUAAUAGUGUAGCCCCCCCCCCUUCUUCACAAACCCUACCCAAACCAGGACUAGAAGCUGGCCUCAAAAUCAAACUCAACCGUUUAUCGGGGGCGGGUGGGAAGGCAGAGAUCAGGCAACCAGGUAAGUACAAGUUAAACAAGACUUUUUGUCACCUUGUCUUAGGAUUGCAGUUCUUUAGCCCCCAGGAGCAUCCAUUAUCAGAGCUCAGUUACGACAUCAAAAUUUUGUCACAGUUUCUCUCACCCAUGCUUAGGCUUGUAAGCAAAUUGAUGGCGUUGAUGCAAAACACGGUGCGUGAAAAAAUGUGCGUCGAAAACCUUGGGACGAAUUCUUAUUUCUUCAACACACGGUCAUAUUACGAGUACUGCGGUUUGGAUUUGUGUAAAAGCUACCUUCUAUGUUAUGGGCAGCUCAUUUGGUUUCGGGCGCAUUAAUCAUUAAAUGAUUCUGUAAUUUGUUUAGUUUAAUCCGUUGGAAAACUCCGGCGUAACAACAAUUUCUCUUCUACUAGACAACCGUUAGUUGAUGUAAUGUAUAUAGUACGGUGGAAAAUAUUUUUAUUUCAAACACUUACCAAAUGCUUCCUGAAAGAGCCCGAAUAAUUUAGGGCUAUGUUUUUUAUAGAUAGGAACAAAGUUCAUUUGGUUUCUAACAGGCUUCCAAGCAAUUUUGAAUCAAAACAAUACGUGAUCAUAAAAAGUAAUGAUUCUCGGCGAUUAAUCCUCCUAGAUUUACCUCUGGUCAGUUUUAAGUGACUAAAAAAGUAAGUGCAAGCAAAUUCAAAUGUAUGUUUUGAAGUUGUGAUAAUCUGUUCAAUGGCGCGUGCAAAUCUUAUCUUUCUUCCACCGAAAAAACUGAAGUUAAAUGAGACACUUUAUUCAGACACAAAUGGAUUUAAUGUAGAUUGAAUUUCUUGGUUUCUCCUGUGCACUCAAAAAAUGGCAUUCAACGGACUAGCGUUUUAAAACUUGAAAACAACAAACUGUCUUGGCGAUUUUAGAUCUAGAUAGUAAAUUUGAUUGAUUUGAGCGUACGUAAAGACCUUUUGAUGAAGUGAGUAGAUCACCCCUGAUGAAGGCACUUUACAUGAGUGUCGAAACGUUGGCUCUAUGAAUUGUAACUUCUCGGUUACAUUCAUUAUAUCUUUAAACCAGAGUAGCAUCAAACCAAGUUUGAUUGAUUGUAAUUGUGAACCUUUUCAGUUGCUUUUUGUGAAGGAUUAUUAAAUUAUUAAAUUCUAGGUCAUCUAUGGACUUCCUGUACAUGCGAAAAGCCAAAAUUAUUUUUACUGUCGACAUCAGUUUUAACUACAUUAGAACUGUACUCUGUUUGAAUUCAACACCCAUGGCAUCACUGAACGGGUGAUGGAUCAUACCAUGAUGACUCAAGUGUAUAUUGUCAGUUGCAUUAAUUUGAAAUUGUUGACUAAAGCAAGAAAGCUGGCUUGGGAGAAAAUGUUACCAUUCAAGGGUAAACAAUAAACUGCAAAACUUGUGUCAAAAGAGCUGGGCAGUAUGGAUCAGUAUAGGAAGCUAAACCAAAAGUGAUAAAACUGCUACAGGAAAUACCUGGAUCAGUCUUUUGGUCAGCUGGCAGUUCAAAUACUUUCUCCCAGGAGGGCAAUACAGAUCACUGUCUAUGUAAUGAGUUAUAGAUAAAGUGGCAAUAGAAACAGGUUUUCUUCAUAUCUAAGAAAAAGAAGGAGGAGUGGGGAGGGGGGCGGUGGCUUAUUCGAAGGGCGCUUGAAACGUAUCAAAACGAGACUUUCUUUCGGUAGGAGUUAUAUGAAGUUAAAAGCUCUAUCUAACAGCGCAUUUCUGAUAUUUGAUGUGAUGAUUUCUUGUUCACAGGGAGGAGGGGGAGGGGCGGUGGCUUAUUCGAGGGGCGCUUGGAACGUAAUAAAACGAGACUUUCUUUCGGUAGGAGUUAUAUGAAGUUAUAAGCUUUAUCUAACAGUGCAUUUUUAAUAUUUGAUGUGAUGAUUUUAUUCUUGUUCACAGGGACUUAUCCUAUAAUCAGUUAAAGGACUUACCCUCAGAAGUCUUCAGUUGGGUUGAUGAUCUCAACAGACUGUAAGUACCAACCAAUAUAAAUCUUCAUUUACAACUGUAACAUCACCAGACAAUCGAAAAAGUAUCACGAAAAGCUCAACAACUUGCAAAUGAAAAAUAUAUAAUCGGUGGAGAAAAAAAAGUUUGUGGCUAGUGAUAAAACUCCUUCUAAUUGUACACCCUCCCCCAGCCCUUCCUUACAAAUCCCACCACUCGCCAAUUAAGGAUUAAGAGCUGGCCUCAAAAUUAAACUCAACCUUGUAUCGGGGUGGGUAGGGAAGGCAAAGAUUAGGCAACCAGGUGAGUGAAAGUGAGUAAGACUUAUUGCAGUUUUUUAGCCCCCAGGAGCAGUCGUUAUCAGAGCUCAGUUAAGCCGUAUGAAAUCUUGUCAAAAUUGCUCACCCAAGGCUACGCUUUAAAGCAAAUUAACUGUGUUGAUGAAAAACACAGUGCGUGAAAAGAUAUGCAUCAAAAACCUUGCAAAGUAUUCUCACUUCUUCAGCACGCGGUCAUAUUUUAAGUACAGCGGUUUGGAUGUGUGUAAUUGUUGCCUUUCUAUGCUAUGGGCAGUUCAUAUGGUUUCGGGCGCAUUCAUCCUCACGUGACUCGGUAAUUUAUCUAGUUUACUUGGUUGGAAAACUUGUCAAAAGAAUUUCUGUUUUACUGAAUAUAAUUGUUAAUUGAUAUAAUACAUAUGCUACGGACCGACCUAGGCUAGUGAAUAGAAUUUUUGAUUAUUUUCAAACACCUAACGAAAUGCUUGCCACAAACUGAAAAAUUUCUUAGCGAGUAGAUAGUAUAGAAAAAAGAGGCUAUGCAAACUUAAAAGAGAGGCUUCACAGAAACAUUUUUGUUUGCGUUAAGAUAAAGGUAAUUAAAAAGGCUUCCAAGAAAUUUUUGAAACAUGACUAUCAUGCCGAUGUUUUCUUCAAAAACAACCAGUAAUCUUACGGAAAGUAUUAUUUACUUCCAUCGGUGAUCAAUUCACAAAGAUUUACCUAUGUGUAGUUUUGAAUGGCAAAGAGAGUCAGUGUAAGUAAAUUCAAAUGCAUGUUUUGUAGGUGGAAAUAGUGUGGUUUUCGAGGAUUAAAAAUUAGUUGGACCUUUUAAUUUCCUCACAGAAAGACCAGGCUUAACUUUGUGAAAAUUGCAACAUCGUCAUUUAAAUCACGACAUAAUCUAAUUGGGCACCUCAUCGUUAAAUCCUGAAUUUCGAAAAAAAUUUUGCAGUUAACACCGUGUUCGAUCAGGAAAUCAAUACAGUAAGGUAGCCUUGCGUAGCCAACGACGGCGGCUGGUUAUAAAACCCGAAUAAUCACCGAAUACUGCGAAUAGUCGCGAAUAGUCGCGAAUAGUCGCGAACAGUGACGAAUAGUCGCGAAUAGUGACGAAUAGUAGCGAAUAGUGACGAGAGGUGGCGAAUAGUGACGAAUAGUAGCGAAUAGUGACGAAUAGUGACGAAUAGUGGCGAAUAGUGACGAAUAGUAGCGAAUAGUGACGAAUAGUCGCGAAUAGUGACAAAUAUUGAUAUAUACAUUGAUUGUCAAGUUUUCGGUAAGUGACUAAAUCAAGUUCCCCUAUUUGUCAGGCGCGCCCAUAUGUCAUGUCGCGUUACCAACUCCGGUCUUCUAGUGACCUGAUUAGGCCGUUUAUUGUAAAAAACAAGACACUCUAUAGAGUACACACUCGUGCUUAACCUACUGCGAAUGAGCUUUGUUAUACAUAUACUGUGCGCUUUGCAUGGCUUUCUUCUCUUGUAGCUUGUGUGACAAUAGCGUGACAUUUUAUAGGUGUCCAAGGUCAAGGCGUUCAAGAACAUAUCAAUCAAGUUUUACGUUUUUCAUUCUUAACGUCAUAGACCUUUAUUGGGAUUCCUGUGCAAUUUAUUGUUAUUCACGGAUGUCACCGAGGGAAUUAUAUUUCUCGAAAUAUAAAUGAAGGUCACGAGAUGUGAGUGAGAGUUUUCGGUAAAGGCAGUCUUCCUUUACGAGUUAAUGUGCGUGUUGCUGUUCGAAUCGAAGCCUGUUUACGGGCCGAAUUAAUUAAGGCCAAGAUAAUAUGUAUGAUACCGAUAAUUUUCUGGUGAAUCGAAAUUAGUUCAGGUACAUGGUCGAGGCACAUACUGAUAGAUGUAGUUCAACAGCAGUGUCAGAAUCUCUGUAACACAUUGCACUGCAAAGUGUCUUAUAUUUAUCAAGUAUUCUUUAUCCGCCGCAGAGGAAUUUGAAAGCAUACUCGGAGGUAAUUUUUUGUAGUAUGUAGAUUGGUAUCUUUAUGAACAAAAGUUACUUUCCUCGAUAAGUUGUUGUGAUAUCUGACGGAGUUGGAAUCGAAGCUCGUUUACGGGCCGAAUUAAUUCAGCCUAUGUUAAUAAGAUAUCUGACAGAGUUUGAAGGAGAGUGGAGUCGUGUUUUGCGGAGUUAGCCUAAUUUUGGAUAUCUUACUAAAGAAAAUGUUCGUUGUAUGUGUUUUAAAAUUGAGUCGUUUACUGUAACUUAAUACCACAGAUCGACAGAAUGGAAUGCCUGUGCCCCAAAUGAAUUUUGAUGUUUUUAACUGGAGAAGCUUAUCGACGUCUUCGUCGCUCUCUUUUUUUUCCGCAAUUCUGCAACUAGCGCGGUGAAAUUCGACAAAUAACGCUUCAGUUCAUAGUCCAUUGUAACCGUUCAUAGUCUGCGGCUCUUUUCCCGCACUGCACUUGUUGUCCUUAUUGACAUGAUUGUAAUUCAUCCUCUCCUAUCAAAUUUAAUUAUUUGACAACUUUCUGUUCCUCACUUUUGGAGCAUCAUUUUCUUGCGUUUUUAGAUUCACGGGCAGCACGGUUUUUGCAUUCAGUCUUCAAUUUAAUUCCACGAUUCAAUUUCUUUUCAAAAUUAAGCUAAAAGGUGUAGGUAUCAUGGCUGAGUAUAUGCUUACAUCAGUCAAAUCAUCACCUCGCUGUAAUAUCUAUUUCAUUUGGUUGGCUGGAAAUACUCGCAAAACUCUAGUAAAAAAUGCCAAUAUCUUUUAAAGCAAAAUUUUCCUGAUUUCACAAUGUCACACACAAAAUACGUCAAAGAUGCAGAGUUUCGGCUCUAACUUUUGUUCUUAUCAAUUUUUGUCGCACCGUUUGUUUCGUUCAGGGGAUAUUGGUGCAUAGCACUUUCUUUUGAGUCUAAAUGGCUUUUCAACAGGGGUUGAAAUGACAGAGCGCGAGCUUGAUGAAUUCUUUUAUCGCGACAUUCUAACGUACCCAGCCGCAGUCUUUCCUUACCUUCGAUGAAGGAUCGUUUUCUGCUGCUUUGGGAGUAAUGAUAUGACAGUCAAAGAAGUGAAAACAUGUGCAUCGUGUUGCGAUUAAGCUCUGUUAGGUGUUUCUAAGCUACAGAGCUAAGUGAUUCCUAUCAAGAGAGCAGAUGAAGCUUCUACUGGUUUUGUUAUCGAUCAGUAUCACAAGAUUCAAAGGGCUGGAGAUGAUAAUUUACGUGGAAAGGAAAGGCUUUAUCUGAGAUUGGGUGCAGAUUGCACCCUAAAAAACUCAAACAGCCGCACAAAAAACUUUUAACUCAAACUUAUUGUAACUUAACCUCAAAGCCUCGUUAGCCCCGGAAAAUUCAUUUACUUAUGAUGAUUUCAGUCUUGAGUCACGUAUACCUGAAAUUUCAUGUUAAAGGGUUCAUCUUGUUUUCUCUUUUAUAGUGACAUGUCCUAUAACCAACUGGAACUGCUGCCUCCUAAAGCUUUUUUUGAAAUGGUUUUUCUUCAAGAACUGUAAGUAGAACAUUUCUUACAGAUGUUAUAGGGAUUUUGUUUAGGUUGCUCCUCUUUAUCAAAUAUUGUGUUAUGAUGUUCUGAAAAUAACUGUUUAUGGCCAUGUCUCAAAAUGACUACCUAAAAACAAAUUGAAGUAUUUGAUUAGUUAAACUCGAUAUCGUUCAUAGUCGAGAUUUUCCAAUCUAUACACCGACAUUUAGAUCGAUGUUUUGUAAUAUUUGUUCUUAAAAAGUAGCAUAAGAAAAACGACGAAAAAAACAUCACUAACGGUUCUUUUAGAUGGUACAUUAAAAAAAAAUGUGUCUGGUCCACUCAACUGAAAUCGAAGUAAUGAUCACUGUGAGCUUUUUGAGUCUAUUAUUCGAAUAAACGCCGCAUCAUGUUGCGGCGUUUAUUAGAAGGCGGUACCUAUCAAUAUUUCUGCUAAAAAAAAUGCGGCAUGUAAUUUAUUCGGGGACGGCGUUAUUUCGAGGGCGGCGUUUAAUCAAAUAAAUAAGGUAAUUUUACUUUUGGCCGUCUGUCGGCCGACGGUCGGCCGACACUUAAGUCUGCAACAUAACGAAAAAUGUCGAUUGUUGGCCGUCUGUCGGCCAAUUGUCGGCCGACGAUCGACCAACUGUUGGCCGACGGUCAACAGUCGACCAACAGACGGCCAACAGUCGGCCGACUGUUGGCCGACAGCUGGCCGACAGCAUCUUGUGGGAACUGUUCUUCACUUUAAUCUAAAGAUUUACAUGGAAAUGAACAUUCGCGCUUUAAACCUUUAAUAGAUCUGGACUAGUUUUGAGUAAUGAUAGAUUUACCCCACUCGAGUAAUUGUUCUUCUGCCUCAGAGGCGAUGUGCCAGUUUUUCGAUGAACGUGGCUAUCCUGUUUCUGUCAUUCAAGCGGACCACCACCGUGCCCAACUCAAAUUGAUCGACAGUCAGUACCACAAACGGCUGAGAAGGAAAACACUGGACGCAUUCCAUUCACUCUCUCAUUUCACCCUCACAACCGCGCAGUUAAAUCUAUCAUUCUAAAAAACUUUAGAUUACUUCAAAACGAUUCAGAGACUGGUACUAUGUUUUCGCAACCUCCACUGAUUUCAUUCAAACGCGACAAAAACAGAUACAACUUUUUGGUCAGAAGUUCAUUUCAAACCAGUGACCAGCGUAACUCCAUUUUCUGCAUAGAAACUCACACACAACCCACAAUUCCUCCAAUCGCUCUGACGAAGGGCUAGCGCUCGAAACUUAAAAACAGGGUGGCCAAUCUACGUUAUUAACCAGUUGAUAACACAAAAUCCUCUUGUUAUACUCUCCCGCCAAUGUAGCACUACAGUUUCUUAAGAAAUUUACCCCCUUGGUUGUGUUCAUCAUUUAUUUAAAAACAUCCAAACGCCUACGGUAGUAAACAUGAGUAGGAAAAGUCAUCCUUUCCACCCAUAAAUUGCAAUUGUGUCAAAGUUGUCAAACUGAAAAAUUAAUUUUCGGUGUUAAAAAAAACCGUUGAAAAAGGCAGAAAUUACGUGCUUUGUUCUCAUAAUGGAUUGAUCUAAAUAAGAGGAGCAAAAUAAAUUCCUCAAGUCUGAGUUUUGUAAGCGGGCCUUUGAACGCUGAGGCGAUUUUUCUCGGCAAAAUUUGUUUUGCAAUAUUUUAAGAAACUAAGGUGGUUCAACCAGUCGAUUGUUUUGACGAAGGGGUUAAAGCUUAGUGGCCAAUUUACGUUUACAACUCAGUUGUUAACACUAAAUUACCUGCUAAAUUUUCCAUAGGUUUGAUUCCAUAGGAAUCAAGUAAUCGCUAACUUGUAUUUUCAAUGUGUUACAUUUGAUGUCAACAAACUUUGGUUUAAGCAGCUUCUCUAAAGAAAACAAUUUUCGGUGGUGUUCAACAACACAGCUCUAAAAACAUGUUUAAGCUUUGGUGUGAAUGGGUUACAAGAAAGAUUCAUGGGAAAGUUUCAACUCAAAGUGAAAGAAAUCGAUUUUUCGAACGGAAAUGCACCGGACCACUUUUAGGGAGACUGCGUUUUAGGGAUACACUAGACUUUUAAAGCCAAUUUUUUGUUUUCGUUUUAUGUUUUUGUUUUGUUUUUGUUUUUCAUUUCAAACUUAGCAUCGCUAUUUUAACUCCAGUUUUCAAGAAAAACUUCCAUAAAAUAUUGAAACAAGAGCGAGUUUUUUAACGAAAAGCCGUAUUGAACGCCAUUUUGAAUUAUUUUGAUUACUCUGACAAAAAUGUCGGCCAUUGUAGCAUCCCCCAGAUAUUUGAACAGAAGACAAUAGCACGACUAAGGAGACAGAGGGAAACCUAAUGAGACAGACAGGGAAUAACGCGUUUAAUCGAAGUUUUAAUACAUAAAUUAAUUGUCAAACAGAUCAGAAUCGAGCUGGUUAAUUUUCCUUCCGAACCAAAACCCCAUAGUAGUACUGACUUCAUACCAUAAAGCAAAAAGUACUAGGAGAAAAGGAAACUUCAAUUUCGACUCGCGUUAGGCAUUGCUUGUGCCAGAUAUUGCUUAAAAUAUCAAAACUUUCUUCAUAAGGAGGCUUUCGUAAGAAUUAUAUGCAUUUUAAGUCUGAACAUGAGAGUGAUUUUCGUAGUGAUGUCUCGCAGUAAGUUUUAAUCUCUUGAAAAAAAAGGGAGCACUUAAAGACGUUUAGUUUUUCUCUUCAGAUGUUCGUUUUCUCUUUUAUUUCCUUUUGUGAUUUAAAUAUAUUUCGUAUAAACUCCAUCAGCCAGGAGAAUGCAAGAAGCCAAUCAGUCUUUGCUCGACUCAGUUACACGUAGAUACCGAAAAUCUCUCAUCAUAAUAACUCAAUUAUUCGUGUUUUAUCCCACAGUCGACGGGGUCUGCAUUUGUUUCAGUCUGUGUUUUAAGUCUAUAUCAACAGCACCAGAGGAAAUCAAAUCAACCCAUUAAAUUUUUAUUACUAUUGUUUCCUUGUUGACGAUACAGAUUCCUGAACAACAACAACUUAAAGAAUUUGUCCUCUGAUCAGCUACCGCGACGGUUGGUUCGGCCAAACUUUGAAAACUUGUAAGUUAAGUAGUUUUGGAUUUUCGUUUUACUUUAGAUGAGUGAUAAUGCUACCUGAAGGUUCUUACUGCUUUUGGCAACACAACCAUUUCCAACACGGGGGCUGAAGAUUUAAACCACUGAGUAUUAAACUGUAGAUAAAUUUUCACUAGUACUAUAAGACCCAUCCGUUAUAAUAUUAAAUUUUUUAUUUGACGAGGCAUGUUCAAGGUCAAGCAAGUGCAAAUUAACAUUUUUUAAAAAAAAAGAAUGAAAAUUGCGACCUGAUACUAAGAAAAGAAACAAGUUCUUGCUAAUAUUUCCCUGAUAAAUCGAGUAGUAUCAUUUUGAAUUUUUUUUUCGGCGUGUCUACUCCUCGAGCAACGUUUUCCUUCCCAAUGUUAAAUAAGUCAUCGGGCAACAAUUUUGCACCCAAAACUGCUAAUUUAGAGUCAAUUUAGUUCGUUCUUAUUUUCAGAAAUCUGAAUCUUGUCGAUGUAAUUGUGAUUGAUGUAAAAUUCAAAUUUCAAAUGUUCCCGUAGUAUUAUAAGCUCAAAUUUCGACCAUUAUUAGAGAGCACCAGAGGUUUUUUUUCGCUUCGUCACGUUAAUAAGACAUUUAUACAUUGACUCAUUUUUUCGCCGCUAUUCUCAAAAGUCACUCAGAUGAGCCUGAGGUCUCAGACGCUCGAGUUAUAGCCUCUCAUUGAAGUUAACGGUCAAACAUCCAAUGGCCAAAAAAUUAACCAUAAACCCUCAAAAGAUUUGUACUUGCGACCGUCAGGAAAGCAAAUUUAUAUGGGACGUGAAACUCGCAGAGGUCUCUUCAAAAGAACUAAAACUGAGUCAGGAUAUGCCACACAGAUCCUUUUAUUUACAUUUCAGGCUACAGGAAAUCAUUUACUCACCUCCUUCUGAAAAAAUUCCUCUCUCUUAAAACGUUACAGAUGUUCUCUGUACUGGUUAGCAAGGGGCGUUCAAGAACGCACGCACCUCUUGCAGUUCGGACUUGAAACAGCUAAUUAAGCCACCUAGAAGGGCCGUUAACAGCAUAUAUUCAAGAAUUUUUUUAUUGACACAAUUAUGCCCGUUGUCGCGUCCUCUGUAGGUUCAAAACUGUCUUUAAAAAGUCUUAGAGGUCAUCCAUGCUGUCAGAAGGCACAUAGAAUUCUAAAAAAAGAAUGAUUCUGAAAUAAAUGUUUCGACAUUUUUUCUGACAUCUAAGCUCAAUCAUCUCAAAAUCUAAAUGUGAAAAAGUGCACGAGUAAAACGAUUCAAAAAAUAAAUUGGACUUAAUGAAGAUGACGGACGAAUUGUUAAGGCUCGACUUUCAAAAUCCAAAAUAUUGUGUCGUCUUAAGAUUCUGACGUAUCCGCUGCUCUCCUUAUGUCGAUAUCUUUUUACACAGAACCCUGGACUUCAACAAACUGGAGACUCUUCCUUCUGAUAUAUUCCAGGGUUUCAAGUUGUACGAUCUGUAAGUAAUUGAUCUUGAAGCUUUAGACAGUUGACGGCUGCUGAGUUGGAUUGAUUUCUCAAUUUUCCCAAACAUUUUUUUAGCGUUUCGUUCAAAAAUGAAAUUGAAUUCCAAUUAAGAAACUAGAUGUAAAAAAUUGAAAGUGCUAGUAUAAAUUAAUAAUUAAAGACGGGGGCUUCACACCCACUUCCCCGCCCCCCUUCCCCCCGAAAACACUCUUUCUCAUAGAUAGAUAAAUAGUUUAUCGCUUAUCGCCCUCAAAGAAGUUGUUUUUUCAGGAGAAAUUUAAAGAUCGCUUCAGGUUUCAUCUCCUUGUCCCAUCAUGAUUUACGGGAUUUCAGAGUAGAUAUCUCAAAAAACUGGAAUCAUCAAUCUCAUUAUUACCGUAUAUCAAUGAAUGUAUACUUAGAAUUGUCCUUGUUGAAAGUAUACUGUAGGUAGAAUUCAAGGCUUGCCCUCAGCGACAGAACUAAUUACAUGGCGUGACAGAUUGAAGCUAAGAAAAGAAUUGUGCAUCUUACAGGUGGCUGGGAAACAACAACAUUAAAAAGUUACCUGAAAACUUGUUUGUGGGGCAGGAUAAGCUAAAAUAUCUGUGAGUGGUACUAAAAUUGUUUAUUGACUAAUCGGCGGAAACUUUUUCGCUCAUACAAAUAUGAAUAAAACCUGAACUAAAGAAAUGAUCAACAUUUCAGCAUGGAAAGCUCGUUUCGGUUGGUCUACUUAAACCACCCGAAUAUUCUGGUGGCACAUUCACCUAUAACCAGUGGGCUGCGGGGUCAAUUGCAAUCUCUGAUCAGGAGUCGAUUACUCACUGAGUGGACUAACAAACAUUUAAGACACACCGCAUCUAUUACUUAAUCGUUAUUGCGGACCUUUGUUUUGUUUGAGUCGCUCUGGAUCACAGGACCUGUUGAAAGGCGAAGAAAAUAACCUAAAAUUAUUUCAUCCGAUUUAACCUCGCUAAAAAUUCCUAAUAACCCGAGCGUGGGUUAUAUUCCAAGAUCGUCCCUAUGGAAGUACUCCUGAAAAAUCCGUAAAACAACCCAGUCACAGUUAAGAGAGCUUCUUCUUGGCUGUGUGGAAAACGUGGUUUAAUUGAAACAGCAAAAACUAUUGACAACGGAAUCGUGAAAAAAGGAGCUAGCGAGCUAAACAAAUCACUUUAAAGUUUCUAAAACCAAGAAUGAUUAAGAAUAUAAGUUAGAUAGCCUAAGAGGGAUGAUAGCCACACUCGACAGGUAAUUAGAUGUACAAGAAUACGAGUGGUACAUAACAAGAGCAGAAGAGUUCCACCCUUCCCAGAAAUUCUCCAAUAGAGAAAAGAGCUAAGCAGCUUCGCCAAUGCGGUAUAGGCAAACGUCCGUAUAAAGCGUCAAGUUUUACCAAAGAGGAAGAAGAGGUACUAUGGAAGGCAGAAAAUUUAGGUUCUAAAACUCCACACGCUCUUAUUUCUACUAUGUGGUGGCUUUAAAUGCUAUCUUUUGCUACCCAUGGCCGUCAAGAGCAUCAUGGAAUGAAAAUAGAUUAUUUAACUAUGAAAAAAAUGACGAAGGCGUGGAGUUCGUGCCGUUUACAGAAGGUCCAAAAAAGACGAGACAGGGCGGGCUUUAGAGUAAGAACAUAGACUUCCAGCCACGGUUGUUUACAGCAUCAGUUGGUGGAAAAAAGGUUUCCGGUAACUCUCUUUAAGCGGUUUGUCAAGUUAAGACCACUAAAUAUGCAAUGGUCCGAUCCUUUCUACCUCAGUAUCUUUGAAUGAGUAUGUCUGCUUUAAAAGCCAACCGUUGAGCAUAAAUACAGCGUUGAUGCAACAUGAUAUGAAAACAAUUGUGGUGGGUAGUAGCCAUAAAAGAAAGGGUGGAAAAGGUCACGAAUCACAGUGCAGGAGCUGGCCCAUCAUGAGCAGCAUCGAAGGAAAACCAAUUUCUGCUUUCAAAUUUGGGUUUGAAGUCUCUGAAUUUCUCCAGGAAUGCAGCCACUUCAUCUAUGAUGAGGUAUCAAGAAGAACAGAUCAUGAUGAAGACACUAAAAAGUUCGACUUAAAGUUUCUGUCAUGGUUGGCCGCUCAAAGCGCGCACCUAAUGUUUGAAAGCGACGGUCGAGUUCUGAUGAACGCUAAGCUUUUAUAGUCGAGGGUGAAUCCGAUAGACCAGUUCAAGUCACUUUUGCUGACUACUGCACUAUGAAUUUUCUUCAGAACGUUUUUUAAUGGUUCAAAAUCAGUCUGCAAACGUUUCCAAGCUUACAGCCGACAGUCUUGAUAAAGUUUGAAUUAAACAAAGGCUGUAAUCUGUUUCGGCCAAUCAUUUUGAUGCAUUUAAAUAAAAUAGCAGGGUGUGGUGUCAAAAUUUCACUUAUUUUGAUCUUCUUUUUUCCUUCUUUCUUAUGUAUUAUAUCAUUCAUUAAUUUUUCAUACUAAAAAUUGCACUAAUCCAAGGGGCUUUUGUUCGUCUGAAAAAUCUAUUCGGGUUUACUUAAACGCUUCUUUAAACAAACUUCAAUGUAAAGUCAUGUGAUUACCCAUGCAAACUGUAAUUCAGUGAGUACAUUUUGCUCAAUUUAAAACUAUUUUCUUGUUCUCCCAAUAUAGGCGGUUGAACGGCAAUCAGCUAGAAAAGCUAUCACGCGAAAUAUUUCUUGAAUUGUCUGCCUUGGAAGAAUUGUAAGUAAAAUUUUUUUAAAGAUUUUUUCAAAAUAUCAUUAUUCAGUACAUUGCGUUUGUAUGAGACCAACUGUUAUCGACUAGUUCAAAACAUAGCACUGAUUUAUUGACUAUAUCUAUCAAGCUUCGCAAAUUUGGAAAAAAAAUCACUGAACAUCUAAUGAUGAUGACUGGUCACUUUUCAGCGAUAAAAGUGGAUUCUGUCAAUUAUCAAGGAGUGGACUUGCCCCGAUUGUACUCGUUGGAAAGUUGCUCAUCGGAUCGCUAAAAAAAUUCUGAAAAAAAAUUGCUAAAAAAAAAUUAAAAAAGGUUACCAACUGAAUUUUAAAAGUUGCCGUCUUAAUUUCUCGAUACUCCUCUUCUAUAAACGUUCAUUGAAAGCUUUAUUUUUCGUUCUUCACUAUAAAUGCUAACAUAGAUCAAGAAAAAUAGUUUGAAACUUAGCUUUAAAGAGUUACUUGCAAAUAUGGGCCCAAUUUAUAUAAACUCUUACGUUUAAAGGAACAAAACACAUGGUUCAUUAGACGCUUUGCCGAACGAUAUGAGGGAAUUGAAUGAAAUUAGCGCUUCUGAUUGCAUUCUCAGAGUCUAAACCAUAAAAUUCUUAAAGUUUUCAAUGAAAUCGUUUGUUUUUUCAUGCUUCAUAUGUGUUGUAAACCUAUCUUUUGCAUAAAAACUGCUCAGAAAGGCACGAAUUAUUGCUCCUAACCUCAAAAGGUGCUCAAAAGUUGGCAAGCGCGAUCGGGACAGGUCUAUCAGGGACUACAAAGCCGGUUAAAUGACUAGCUCGCUGUGGUGGGGUUGGGGGAGGGGAGGGGGAGAGAGGGGGGAAGGAAGUGCAGAGAGACUCAAUCAAAAAUUUGUGAGCCUCUAAUUUUAAACGUUGUCUAGAAAUUUAAACAUCAAGCCCCCAUGAAAACGACCAUCAACUAGAAUUGUUUCUCAGCACUUUCUCCACUUUUAAUAUAAAUAAAUAGAAUAGAUGUUGUCGUGGGUCUGUUUAGUAAUAGAUCGCAGAUGACGUCAAAUUGUGAUUAGAACUAAAAGAGAGACACAGGCGAGUGUGUCAGUGGCGUUUUUCACAAAGUAUGACGAAGAAAAUUUAGCUUUGUUGGAGCACACAUGCCUAACUAACCGUGGGACAAGUCUAAAAUUAUCACCACCAAUCGGCAUUACCGCCAGUGCCUUUGUUUGGAAGCGUGGCAUAUCGACUCCACCCACACUCGUUUAAAUCGUGAUGAUGGUGGCUUACUACCAGACGCCUAUUUACACCUCGUAAGAAAAAAAGGCAGCUAAUUAGUUAGCAUAUAAAAGGACUUCUUGUUGCAGCAAUUAGAUCGCCCCUGAUGAAGGCACUAGACAGGAGUGUCGAAGCGUUAGGUCUUUGAAUUGUAACUUCUCGGUUAUAUUCAUUAAAUCUCUAAACCAGAGUCACAUCAAACCAUAAAAAUGUUGAAAAAAUUUUUGUUCGACGAGAAAUACAGUAAUUUUCGAUGGAAAGAUCAAAUUCGAAACUAAUAUCAAGAUCAUUUUCCCGAUACGGUUCAAAUAAAGUCGAUGUCCAUAUAAUGGGCAUAACAUCUAUUUAUAGCACUUGAAAACUUAUUUUAGUUAAGGACAUUUGUCCCAUUACUUUAAAAUGUUUGUUAACUGCAACCUCUGACUUGUUCUAUUCACCUCGCUCCCCGCUUAUAUUAUUGCCAGGGACUUGUCCUACAAUCAGUUGCAGUUUUUGCCUCGAGGGCUACUUAGCAAUAACACCAACCUGACAGAACUGUAAGUAAAACUGGUUGUGAAACAAAAAAGAAAAGCAAAGUUUCAGGUAAAAUAUAGAUAAUUAAUAAUGGUGGCCUUUAAACACUUAAAAAGUUUACUUAUAUCUGCUUCGACGUGAUCCGCUAUCGGAUGAAUUGAUUCAAUGAUUAGCGUUAUUUGGUUUUGGAUCUCAGAAUGCGUUCGGUGGGCCUACUAUUAAUUAUUGUCUAAAACGAAACGUCUCACGGUUUACUACAUGGAGCUAUUUUUCACUGAGGGAAUCUGCUGCAUAUUGGUUAUUCCUGGCCAUUGUUUGUGGGGUCAGGGGUAUUACAAAUGUCUCCAUUCGCCUAAUUUAAAUCUAAAAACACGUUGCGGUGUAUAACUGGUUGGCUCGUUUGGCUCCUGUUUAGCUCAUACCAGAAUACUUAAGUAGCGGGCUUUCAGCCCAUUUUUAAAGUAGGAUUUAAGUUCUUGAAUUGUUAUUUAGUUUACUGUUAUCUGAAUAAAUACUUUAAGGAAUUUGUCAAACAACAAAAUUCAGCGUCUACCCAUGGAUGUUUUUGGCAACCUCACUAAGAUGAAAAGGCUGUAAGUGGCAUUCAGCCCUAAGCGGCAAAGGGAAUUAUAAUGUAUAGUUUUUCAUAGAGCUUAAAGUAAACUUAUGCAGUAUAGUAAUAAUAACAAUAUUUUAGCAGGGAGCCCACUUCACCAAAAGGUGCUCCUCAGUGGGGCCCUGCAUUAUGACCAUUCUGAAAACAGAGCUGCGCGAACUUAGAUUUUGUGAUUAUUUCAAGAUGCGUAUUGGCUUUAUAUAAUUCUAACUUUUGUGGAGUUGAUCUUCAAGAACAAUUGAAAGAAAAUGGUCAAUAUUAAAUUCAAUUGUCUCACACUGCCUUUAUUUUCACGUGACUUGUGACUAUCAUUUUUUUUUCGCUGAGUAACCAAAGAACUCUGUUAAGAUUGAUUUGUGAUGUAAGUGACAUAAUAUCGUUUGGUGCAUCAGUACUGAAAAGUGAUGUCAUGAUAUGAAAACGCCCAUGUUAACAAUGAACGUGCAAAUGGUAUCUUUUACCUAAAUUCUCAGUACCAGAAGUAAACAGUUUAUGUACUCAGCAAAAAUGUGUCAAGUUUUAUAAUUCCUCAAAAUAGCUUUACCAGAACCAAUUGGGUUUUUUUUCAAUAAAGUUAAAGUCCUCCCUAUUCGGGGAGAACAAGAACUUUUCCAAGAAUCUCAAAUUCUAUUUUAACUGACUUCUUUUUCAUUCUAUAUAUUACUUUAGCUUUCUCUCCAGUAACAAACUUCAGCGCUUGCCAAGGUUCAAAAAUCUCUCCAAGUUGGAAAUAUUGUAAGUGAUUGACGCUUGUAAUGUAACUGGUUCAGUAAGUGUCUUGCUAAUGAGCAUUAAUUAAAGGAAGCGUUGGCCAAAAUCAGCUUCGGUACGGACUCUAUCUAUGGCAUCUUCUUAUGACAUAAAAGUUUAUUUGAGGAUGUUAAUUGAGUAAGUUAAAAGUUAAAAAUAUGCAUCCACUUUGGAAAGAGAUGCCAUCAACUAAGAAUUACCAAGAGUCAAAUGUUUAAGGUGAUAGAACAAAAUAUAACACAACACAUCCUGUACAAUACAUUAAUAACACUCUUCCCUUACGUUAGAAAUGAUCGCUGAUUGAUGAUUAACCUAAAUCAAAUUUCAAUGAUAAAUUGUUAUUUUUCUGAAAAAAUUGUUUACCGGCUAUUAAAACGUUUUCGUCAAUAUUGAGAUGAUUUGGGAUUUAAAUGAAAAUACAGGAUCCAUGGAUUCCAGUUUUUAACAAACAUUUUUCUGUAAGCUUUUCGACAUGUUCCAGAAAAGGGUUGUUUCAAUUAAAAGCAUAGAAUUCCGGGUGGUGCGAUUACAAAUGCGCGCUUUAACUUGAUUGCAAAAGUAAAUGGGCACACGUCCGAUCAUUCAUUUAAAUUUCACAAUAGCGUUACCAAGGUUUAACCAUUGUUUUCAUGGUGGCCAGCAUAGUUCUUUCGGUGAAGGCGUAAUAUGAUGGGACUUAAUUGUUUCUGUCGCAGUGCACGCAGCAACGUUUUGGUCCAAAUACACUUAUGGGACGUUUUUUCAGGAAGUGUUGGAGCACACUGAUUAGCACUAAAACAGUUUGCCAAAUACCAAGGCACUAAUACGCUUAUGAAGGAGGUUUCGAUUAUAAACAUGACUGACUUUAAUAAAAGAUGAAAUAGUUUCUAUAAUAUGAGACAGGGUUCAGGACAAAAUUAGUCUCGAGGUCCUUAAAAGAUAAAGCUGGGUCAAGGACUUAAGGACCUCUGAGUUUCGCAGUCAGCUGUGUGCUGCCAACCACCACUAAAGUCAAUAAAUACCUCCCCCCGUUGAAGACUCUAAUUAUACCGAGCGCCUGGUGCACUUUAUUGUGUAGGUACAUGUAUAACAACAGCCUCGCAGCCCUGUCACCUGAUCAGUUCCAAGGCCUGUCCAAACUGGAAGAACUGUAAGUAAACAUAGAAAUCAUACCUGACUGCACAAGUAACUAUUCUUGACCAAAUAUGUAUUUAACCAACUUUAAUUGAUAUUCAUUUUCUCGCCGAAUCGUUCAGCUUCCUUGUUUUACUCUUGGUUGGAGAACAUACAACUGCAAAAACAAGGAAGGAGUAAUUCUCGAAAGUACAAGUAUUCAAUAUUUUUGUAGUUUUACAGAGGGUCAGUAGAGCGAAUAGACCUUUCUUUCCUCCUCCCACCACUUUUGCCCAAAGUUCCGCUAAAUUUUUAAGCCAAUGUACUUUGAUUGGAUAAAGCUCAGAAAGUUUAGCAGAAUUCUGAAAAAGAUGCUCUGUCAUCCAAGAUAGCACCUACCACCUCGGAUUUCUCUUGGAAAAGACAGAAAAAGAAGUAGAUUAGAGAUAAAGGAAUUCCUCAAAAAAUUCAACAGAUAAAUGGAACAAUGCUUUUAAAGUAGUUCAAAUAUAAGCAUGCGCUAAGUUUUGACAUUUUCAGCAAGGUAACGGCAAAUUGCACAUCAGUCUAACUUUUACGCAUUUCUGACUGUGUUUUUUUGUACCUUUUUUUUUUUUUUCAAAAUUGGAUAGCUUUUAAAGAUAUCGUGGGGAGAGGGCAUUUAUCAAUCAAUAAAGAUAGGAAGGAAGUUUAUGUAAAUACGAGUUUUCUUCCAAAUUUUUCUAUAUUUCUGAUAAUAAUAAUUUGUCCUCUUUUUUGUUCAAGGGCUGUUUAUGAAAACAAUAUCGACUACCUGCCGCGUGAAGUUUUUAAAGGCAUGAAAAACAUGAUUUCUAUGUAAGUAUCUGUCUCUAAACUUUCCUAUAAAUAACAUUCUUUGCUAAUUUUCUGUCCAGUGUUGUUAUAAUUUAUACCUUGAUGCUUGUCAAUUGACGCUCUACACUUUUCAUUGUUUCAUCGUUCUCUAGGAGCUUUUAUUUUAACAAUAUCCGUGCCGUUACCAAUGAACAAUUCAAAGAUGUCGCUCCAACUAUUCGGUUCCUGUGAGUAUGAGUAAACUGAUAAUAUCCCAGGUGUGUUCAAACUACUUCGAGUUCAAGGGAGACAGAUAUCGUUGGUGCGACCUACACGUGCCGUAAACUUACGGAUUAGCGCCCAUUUCCCAUUUUAAUGAAUGGACAAGUGAUAGCAUUGUGCCGCUACUAGAAGUUAGGAUCGGCUUUAUACACUAAUGCACAAUUUAUACUUUUAUUUGCGCCCAAAUGUUAUACUCCUUUGGAUGAUCAUAUCUGGUCACGAGAAAAAGUUUGGGAAAAACUUAAGGGAGGGCCCCUCCCCAUAAAGUACCCUCUCGGUAAUGGGGGACCCACCGUUUCAGCCUUAAUUUGAAAUGAGUGCACCAGGUGCUCAUUCGAGGAUUAACAGCAUAUGAAUAUAACAAAUAAAGACACUUCGGCAUAGCUUGUGUAAGUAUGUUUUACACGCUCAAUGACGAGUUAUUCGUAUUCGGUGUCAGUUUUCUAUCAAAUAGUUGUUGAGAAUUGGGCGAGAAAAGGAAAAAGAGAGAGCCGAAAAACUGAUUAAUACAUAAUGGUAAUAGGACAGAGUGGAGUCCAAUUCGGUCUGUAAUCAUACGAGUGAUCAACAAAAUCAGACGAUCGCGAGGUGGGAGUCCGAUUUGUUAAUCACGAGUAUGAUUACAGACAGAAUUGGAUAAGAAGAAGUCCUGUUACCAAGUAAUCAUAGCCAUUUCAAUUUCCGAAAAAACAAAUACACCUAAAACAAAUAUCUCCAGUGAAGACAAUAUCUUUAGUUAAAAAUUCCUCCAUUUUGAAAAUUCCCUAAUUUUUCUUUGAAUAAUUGGUUGUUGCUAUGAUUAUUUCGAUCAUUUCUGUGCUUGGCGGAUUAGCUGAGUGGAGUUAGCAUGAUUGGCUGCUUCAACUGUCCGAUUACAGUAGCCCGAUUACAGCCAACUGUCCGAUUACACUGUCCUAUUACAACUGUACAGAAUGAUUAGUGAAAAAUGAAGCUGCACCAAUAACAUUCGAGGAAUUUGUAAUGGUUGUGAUUAAUAGACUAAAGAUGUCGAUGUAAUCGAGAAUUAGCAAGCAAAGUUUGAUUGAAUGUCUUUCCUUAAAUUUGCAGGUACUUCCACUACAACGAAUUGCGAGAAUUACCGGAGGGUUUCUUUUCAAACAUGAAUAAUCUAAUCACUGCGUAAGUCAAGUGGAAUAUUCUGGAUGCGAGGAGUUGAAAAUAGAAAAAUUUCAUUUGCCAGUGCCCAGUUAUACUGUAAUUAGAGUAUUACUAUCACACUUUCAUUUUCUUAAAAGUUGAGAUCCUGUGAAGGAUCAAAUUUGUCUUUUGUCCCUUUUGUUGUUCAUUUGAACUCUUUUUAUGAACCGUAGGACUGUAGACACCAACCUGAUGUGUUGCCAUUUGACGAAGGAGGACGCAGAUUGCGACUUUGCUUAUGUCGACAGCUUUGCCAGUUGUGAAACUUUGUUCAGAAAUCGAGCUCCUAGGGAGUGCCUCUGGGUGAUUGGAAUUAUGUCGUUGGUUGGUGCUGUGUUUGUCAUUGUGUGGCGGUCGGUGUUUAGGGAGACGAAGAAGAAAAACAAGAUACAGUCCAUCAUGUUGAUACAUUUGGCUGGGUCUGAUGGACUUAUGGGUGUCUACCUCAUAACUAUAGGUGUGGUGGAUGCCAUUUGGGCCGGGGAGUAUUAUUUGCAUGACUAUUACUGGCGUUCAAGUUUGACAUGUCAGAUAACAGGUGCCAUUGCCGUGUUGUCAAGUGAGGUGUCUGUAAUGACAAUUUGUUUGCUCUCCGCCGACCGGAUGAAGAAUGUUCUGUUCCCCUCUCGUGGAAAGUCCCUUUCACUUAAGGUUACGCACCUUUUGUGCUUCCUUAUCUGGAUUGUUGGUGGCAUAAUUGCCUUUAUUCCCACGGUGGGCUUUGACUACUUCGGUAGUCGCCAGAAAGGUCAUCACUUUUAUGGCAGAUUAGUUGUAUGUCUGCCAUUGCAGCUUUCUACUGAUAAGUCGUCGGGCUGGGAGUACUCUGUUGCCAUGUUUGUUGGUUUAAACUUUACCCUUGUGCUCUUUGUCGUUGUGGCAUAUGCGAUGAUAAUCUAUAAGUCUUGCGCAUCAAACAGGCUCAUGGCUAAGCAAGGGAGCAAAAGAGAGAGGAGAAUGAAAGCCAAGUCAAGGGUAGCCGGUCUAAGGAGGGAGGCCUCGCUCGCCAAAGGAGUGUUCUUCAUUGUUCUUACCGACUGUGUCAGCUGGCUGCCUAUUGUGGCGAUUGGAAUGAGGUCUCUCUUGGAAAAAUCCUUCCGUACACCGGGUGACCUCGCAGUUUGGAUCGCAGUCUUUGUUCUGCCAGUUAACUCUGCCAUUAAUCCCAUUCUCUACACCUUGUCUACCCCACAGGUACAUGUACUAAUAACUUGAACAGUUGGAAAAAUAUAUAUACAGCUAAUAAAUUAAAUUUUGCACUUAUAUCAUCACUCACAGAUCACAGAUUACAUCUAAAUUAGACAAGAAUAAAUAAGUGGAACACGAACCGCCAAGAAGUGUCAAGAAGUGUGUUUUACCGUAUUUUAUAUUAGCUGGUCAACUUGAUUUCCGCCAUUUCUGGGAUCCCUCUGCCUCAGAACUCUCUUCUGAAUGUAAAACGUGCACGUUUUCAUUGUAUCGCACUCGGUUUGAGAAUGGCUGGAAAGCUGCACAAACAUAGUUUGCAUUUGUGGGGAAAUUAAAGACUCGAAGGGUUCAGAAACUGGUGAAGAAGCACUAUUUACUGAUUAUAACUUCGUGCUUUAUUUCGAUGUAUUAAGGUCCGAGGAGUCAUCAGAGCCAAACUCCAACCAUUGUGGGAUUAUCUGGUGGCAAAACUCGGCCGAAAUCAAGAUGUUGAAGGUAAUUUUUGACACUUUUAAAUAAUAUUUCUUCAUUCUGGGAAGCGUUUUUCCCGUUCUUUAAUUUUUUGGUUUCAUCCUAUAAAGUUACCUUUAAAACAAGUUUAAGAACAGGUUUACCGUGGGUUAAUUAAUCAGAUCGGCUCGUAAGCCAAGAGAUACUUUUUGUUACCUAUAUGAAUAAGAAACAAACAGAUGUAUAUAUUUAGUGGCGCGCGAGCUUGUGUAUUUCAUGUAAACACAUAGGUAGACUCAACCUCAAAUGAUAAAAAAGACGUUGCCUUAUGAAUGAAUAAUUUUGUUAUUGCUGAUGUUUUGUCCACUUGCUUGUAUUUUUCCGUCAGUUCAAGAUCAGGGAAUAGAGAUGAGAGUUAUCGAAGAAGGUAUGCACCAUUCACUUCUCCACAGACUAGAGCACAUUUCAGAACGCAACACCUGGCAUUUAAAUACCAAGCGAAACAGAAAAGCCAAAGAAAAGCAUUCAUGUAACUUUGAAGUAAUUCGGUUCGACCUUUUUACCAGUUUAAGAAACGCGUAAAAAGUAAUUUAGCCUCCAGUUUGAAGUUUACAGACAACCAUAUUUUGAGUCAAUUUAAUGACUGUAAUUUUUCGUUAUGUAAUAUACUUAAUCCUACUUUGACUGAUUCUUAAUUACUAUUUAGUGGAGGGAAAACCUAUAGAUUUUGUCAUCACUAACAAUAUUUCGCUUUUUAUGUCGUAAAACAAAUACAAGUCGCUCACAUAAAAAUGGAAAUGGGCUAAGAACAUCAGAGAGUUAAUCGGCUGAGUCCACUGCACCACGUUUUUGAUGUUACCACAUUCCGACGUCAUCUGUGAUCUAUGAGUGAACAGACGUACGGCAAUAUAAGCUACUUGCUCGGUCGAUCCUGAAAAGUUUUUAAAGAAUGGUUUUAGUAAUUAAGGUAUCAAAGCCACAAAGAGAUAUUCGGAAAGAGCAAAGGCGGAGCGUAAAUGAUUUAGGAUGGAGAAGUUACACGAUGCAGGGACCAAAUGCAAAAAGCACGAUGUAGCUCGUUUAACAAAUUUGGCGAUUUGGCCAACUACAACAACCUGAGCAAACACUUUUUAACCUCAUUCCCUUUUUGUGUUUAUUUCAUUGAACACAGUACAAAACCAAGAGGAAGUGGGGAGCGCUGACGAUAGUGAGGAUGAGUCGCAAGAAGAACAAGGAGAUGGUGAGCACCAUGCAGGAUCAGGCGAAAAGAAUGAACAACCUCCUGAAUCCCAGCAAGUUGAACGUGAACAAGACGAAGAACCAAAACAAGGAAAAGAAGAAGCCACUGAACUGCAGCGAGUUGAACGUGAACAAGACGAAGAACCAAAACAAAGCCAAGAAGAAGCGACUGAACAGCAGGAAGUUCAACGUGAACAAGACGAAGAAGAACCCACUGAACAGCAGCACGUUGAAUCUAAAGGAAACGAGGCACCAAAAGAUAACCAUGAAGAACCCACUAAAAAGCAGGAAUUUGAACAAGAUCAUCAAGCAGAUUCAAAGGGAAGCAAAGAAGUAAGUGAAACGCAACGAGAAAAAGAGGAACUAAAUGACGACGAUGAAAAACCUGAGCGAAAGCUAAAAGGAGACGACCAGGGAUCCAAACAACAGGGCACUCAAGAAGAAGAAGAAGAAGAAAAAGAACCGAAUGUCGACCAUGCAGAGCCUGAUGAGCUAAAGGAUAUGAGUAAACAGAAGAAAAAGUCGAAAAGAAAUGAAAAAGAAAGAGAACAGCAACAAGAUGAGCAGGAGCAAGAAGAACACCCUGAAGAAACCGAAAAGCAGCAAGUUGAUUGUGAUCAAGAAGGACGAGAACAAGACCAUAAGGAUCCUAAACUCGAGCAAAUUGGACAAGAAAAACCAAAAGGAGACGAUGAAGAUCUUAAGAAAGUCGAAGUGGAUUAUGAACAACCAAAAGAAACCAUGAAGAACCUAUGA